CAUAUCUCUCUCUCUCUUUCUCACUAGUUACUAGUUACUACUAAUCACUAGCCUCCAUAGCUACCGCUCCUACGAGUCUACAACUUAGCUCCUACCUCCACGCGCUUUAUAAUUACUUCCACAGUGGCUAACCCACCUUCUCUCUUCUCAUGGCCACAGCACCAUCAACCUCCACCAUCAUCAACUCCUUUCUCCGCCGUCGCCUCCACCGUCCCUGAUCACUCCUCCACCGUCUCCGCCGCCGUAAUCAGUACUCCAGACUACAUGCUAGGCCUCCGAAACACCCUCUUCUUAAAUCAACCACCGUCGCAGAUUACGCAGCCGUCUCCGUCGCCGGUAAACUUCACGGCGGCGGACGUUAACAACAAGUCGUCGAGGAACAGUAACGUUGAAGAGAAAGUAUGCAAAGAUUGUGGGAACAGAGCAAAGAAAGAGUGUCUGUUCGAAAGGUGUAGGACUUGCUGCAAAAGCAGAGGCUACAACUGUGCCACUCACGUGAAGAGCACGUGGGUUCCUUCUUCUCAUCAUCGCUCCGUGAGCCGCUCUUCUUCUUCGUCUUCCGACAGGAACAAGAAGCUCAAACUCGAUUCUUCCGACAAACCCAAAAGUGUCUUAAUCGUUCCGACAACCACUUCUCGCCAAGAGACAAGCUUCAAGGAAAGAUUACCGGGAAAAAUCGAAGCUCCGGCGGUUUUUAAACGGACGAGAGUAACAGCGGUAAGCAGCAACGAACAAGCAGAGAUCGGUUAUCAAGCGAAUGUAACCAUAAGUGGUCAUGUCUUCAAAGGCUUUCUUCAUUACUAUGGUGUUGAUCACAACAAAUCAUUUCCAUCUCUUUCUAAUAAAUGAUGUAACAAGCUCAUAGGCCGCUACAUUAAAACAUUAACCAAGUUAUUUUAUAUAAUUAAGGGACAAAAAUCUACUUACAUUUAAAUUA